GAGAAAACCUGAGAACCCAUCAACUCAUUCAAAAGAAGGUCUGUGGAUACUAAGCCCUAAAGCCUCUUGAUAUUAACAUGGCUGACCCUCAGGACAACACUCUGAGGAUUGUUCUGGUAGGGAAAACUGGAAGUGGAAAAAGUGCAACAGCAAAUACCAUUCUUGGGAGACAAGUAUUUGACUCUAGAAUUGCUGCCCAUGCUAUCACCAAAGAGUGUCAGAAAGCAUCCCGGGAAUGGGAAGGGAGGAACCUUCUUGUUGUUGACACCCCAGGGCUCUUUGAUACCAAAGAGACUCUGGACACUACUUGCAAGGAAAUCAGCAGGUGUGUUAUCUCCUCCUGCCCCGGGCCCCAUGCCAUCCUCUUGGUUCUACAGUUGGGCCGCUACACAGAGGAAGAGCAGAAGACCGUGGCAUUGAUCAAGGCUGUCUUUGGGAAGCCAGCCUUGAAGCACAUGAUCAUGUUGUUCACUCGCAAAGAUAACUUGGAGGAUCAGAGCCUAAGUGACUUUAUAGAGAGCGCAGAUGUGAAGCUAAAGAACAUCAGCAAGGAGUGUGGGGACCGCUACUGUGCCUUCAACAACAGAGCCAAAGAAGCCGAGAAGGAAGCUCAAGUGCAGGAGCUGGUGGAACUGAUAGAGCAGAUGGUGCAGAGCAAUGACGGGGCUUACUUUUCUGAUGACAUUUACAAGGACACAGAGGAAAGGCUGAAACAAAAGGCAGAAAUCCUGAAGAAAAUCUACACUGAUCAAUUAAAUAAAGAAAUUAAACUAGUAGAAAAGGAAUAUGCUCAUUUAUCACAGAUAGAACGAGAGGAAAAAAUAAAAGCACUGAAGAUGAAGUAUGAGGAACAAAUAAAAAAUCUAAGGGAAGAAGCUGAGAAGGGUAUAUUUGGAGAUGUUUUAAAUAGUAUUAUGAGGGUACUUUCAAGAAUAUGGCAUAUGUUUUGGUAAUAAUGUCAAUUUUACUUUUGCUUCU